UUGCUCCAUAUUUUUUGUCAUCCAUCAGACUACAGAAUAGUCGAGGACACUGUCGAAAACUAACAUGGCCAAUAUAUCAACAAUAUAUAAGCUAUCCUUUCUCGCCUUUACUUACUUCAUGCACGUCUAUGGAACAAGUUGUCCAGUUCUGGAGUGCUGGUUUGUCCAGGAGAAACCAGGUAGAGGUGGGGGCUUCCAUGCUGCUAUGAGCCAGGAGAAGACACUACUUUACAUCAAUACAGACCCAGACAGUGAAGAAACCAGGUCAAAGCAGGGACCAUCUACAGACCAUGAUAGAGUCUACUACGUCACUGACCCAGCAGCCACCCUCUGCAGUUCUUCUCUGCACCCACCAGAGGGCUCAGUCCAGAAGCCACAGUGCGAGAUCAACCCCUUCAUGCCCCAGCCAUCCACCGUCCAAUGGACAGUCCCACUCACGGACUCUGCCCACAGUCCUAUCUACCUGCAAGCCGACUGGUACUCUGCUGCCUUGCAGGGCCUUGACGGACAACUGGGCCUCUCCAAUGUCAUGCGUGCUCCCACAGCAACCAAGGAACCCAAUGUGGUGCUCAGUGUGUCCAGUAGAACCUCCAUGAUCCGUUCCAGACUCGGGGAACCAGUGGUUCUAGACUGUGGGUUCUGGGUGGAGGCCUCUUCUCCUCUCUCUGGCUCUGGCUUCGCCGUGGAGUGGCGCUACCAGUUCAGGGGCGAUGGACGUCUGGUCCUGGCAUACGACGGCAAGAGUGACCGAUUUGCCGAGACCCAGGAAGAGGGAGCGGGGCUAGACUUCACGGCUCUGCACGAGACAGGAAAUGCAUCUCUGAUCCUGCAGGAAGCUCAAGUGCGCCACUCAGGAACCUACAUCUGCACGGUGUACUUGCCCUAUCUCCUUGCUCAGGUGUUAGUGGAGCUGGAGAUUGUAGAGCCUCCGUCCCUCUCCAUCUUCCCCUCCCCGCUCCCUCUCUCCGUGCCCGGACAGGUGGUGACGGUGCAGUGCGAGGCGUCAGGAUUCUCCCCCCUCUCCAUGGAGUUCCGCUGGGAGUUAACAGGGCCAGAUGGUAGGGUCAGGCCCCUGGGUCAGGGAAGCGUGACGGGCCACAGACAGGGCCCAGACAGCACUUACAGCCAGACCAGCCGUCUGGAGUUGGACUCAGCCAAGCUGGACCUGGGCCGCGGCGGGGAGGUCACCUGUGUGGCGGUCCACCCUGGAGGCACCCGGCGGGCCAGCGUCACCCUCAAUGUCACCGGUGUCAGUGCUCCCUCCAUUGAGGACUCUAUGGCGAUGGUUGCUGUGGCCCUGGGGACAUAUGGUUUGAUCAAGGUCCUCUCCUGGACAUUUAGCUCUGGGCCCGAUGAUGCUAACUCACAAGAGAAGGAAGUGAAGUAAAUGUGGAAACAUCUGGGAUUCCCAGUGUGAGAAUUCAUCUCUAGAAGAACUCAAGAGACUUGUGCACAUGAGAAUGUGUACAUGUGGAUGCAGAUCAUUUUGUGUUGUGGCUCUAUUGGGUUAAUUGAACCUGUAUUUAAAGAUUGAACCCUGUCAUUAUUUGCUUUCUAUGGAUUCUGAAGGUAAAUAUAAGACUACAUCUUUUCAAUUGGAAUAUCAUUUAUUUUCAUCAUAAAAUGUGUUGUAUGUAUAGUAAUUCCCUGGAAGUGUGUUUAUAUCAUUUGGUUUGUUUUGGGUAAUGUUUAAUUGUAUCUUGCCUUGUAAAGAAGGUAUAGGCUACUGUGAAUAAUGUUUUUCUUAUUGAUGUUCCUAUCAUCACAUCAGAGCUGUUAGAUUAGUGUAUUGCCAGGAAUGAGCAACAACUUUGAGCAAAUGAGGACUAUUUGUAAUGGGAUGUAAUAAAGUCUUUCUUCAUCUUCAAA